AUGAAUCUCUUUGGAUAAAGUACUUCUGGACCAUAACCAGAUAGUUAUGAAAUUAAUGGUUAAGAAUAUCAUGAAUUAAAUUUAAUUGCUGAAGGAGGUUAUGGUUUUAUUUGGAGAGCAAUUGAAACUAAAACAAGAAAAUUUUGUGUUAUUAAGAAAAUUAUUUGUCAAAGUAAAGAAGCAAUUGAAUAAGCAUAAUAAGAAUUAGAUUUACAUGUAAAUUAAGACUUAUUCAUAUAUUAAAUAGAAACGAAUUCAACAUCCUAAUAUUGUCAAAUGUUAUAAUGGUGUAAUCAAAUUUAAUAAGAAAUUAAAUCAGACUAUUGCAUAUAUGGUUUUAGAAUUAUGUGAAGGUGGUACAUUAAUUGAUUUACUGAAGAGAUACAAUGAAAAAAGGUUGAGUGAAUAAUAAAUACUUCUAGUGUUAAAAGUUAUUUUUCACUUUAUCAUAGUAAUUAGUCUAAGCAAUUAAAUAUCUUCAUACCUAAAAUCCUCCUAUUAUUCAUAGAGAUUUAAAAGUUGAAAAUGUCUUAUUGCAUAAUAAAGUAUUUAAAAUAUGUGAUUUUGGUUCAGCUAGUACUGAAAAAAUUGAUUUAAAGUAUGUUCUAUUAUUUAAAUUAGUUAAUUAAAUAAACAGCAAAUAUCUUAAUAUGAAGAGAGUUUUGCCAAAUAUACAACAGAAGUAUAUAGGCCUCCAGAAAUGACUGAUUUAUAUUUAAAGUAUGAAAUCAAUGAAAAAGUUGAUAUUUGGAUGUUAGGAUGCAUUUUAUAUACAAUGUGUUUUUAUAAUCCACCAUUCUAAGAAUCUUCUAAAUUAGCUAUUGUUGAAGCUUCAUAUAUUAUUCCAAAAGAUAAUAAAGUAUACAGAAGUAUUUAAACAUAUUAGUAUUCAAAAAAGAUGAUAGAUUUGAUUGGGAUAAUGCUUUAGCCAAAUCCUAAAAAUAGAGCAUCAAUUUUUGAAAUAGAAGAAAUAUUGAAAAAUUAUGAAACAUUAAAAUAAAUAGUAAAUAAUUAAAUAAUAAUUUAUAGUAAAGUUAAAAUAUAUAAGAGGAUGAUUUUGGGGAAUUUUAAUCAGGAGAUUAAAAAUAAGAAUAAUAAUAAAAGAGUGUUUAAUAUGAUGAUUCAUUAAUUUGA